AUGGCACCACUAUUCCGCGCCGACCAGGUCGGAUCACUGAUCAGACCUCAGAAUCUCUUGGAAGCAUAUGGGGCCGAGGAUCAAGCUGCAUUGCAAACGACAAUCAAGGAAGCCAUUGCAACCAUUGUCAAGAAGCAGCUCGACCUGUCAAUCCGUCCCAUCACCAGUGGAGAGUAUGAGCGCACAGCCUUUUAUAAAGGCUUUUAUGAGCAGUUGCAAGGCAUUGAAAGUCGCACCAUUCAAGUUCCGGAGGACUUUCGCCCAAACCUCCCCGUCAUUGAUGGCUUGUUGCGAGUCGGCGUCAAGCAGACGGAAGCGUCCGUUGCCACGGGCAAGGUCGAGUGGACGCGUCCGGCAUAUCUUGACGCCUGGAACAUGAUCAAGGCUGAGCUUCCCGAGCAAGAGUGGAAGAAUUGCAAGAUUGCUCUUCCCUCGCCGACGUUCAACCACAUCUGGCUCAGCAAUGGUACCGCUUACUCGACCAAUGUGUAUGCGAAUGACCGGGACUUUUUUGCCGAUGUUGCAGCUGCAUACCGGGCCGAGAUCAAGGUUCUUUAUGAUGCCGGGCUGCGAAAUAUUCAGAUCGAUGAUCCUCAAUUAACCUAUUUUAUCCUGGACAGCUUCAAGGAUGGCAUUCGUCAAGAAAAUGUCAAUCCCGACGAGCUGCUCGACACCUACGUAUGGGUGCUCAAUGAAAUUGUUAGAGACCGACCAUCAGAUCUCUUUGUGGGUAUUCACCUGUGUCGCGGCAAUAUGCCCGGCGUGAAUACGGGAUUCUUGGAGGGAUCAUAUGAAAAGAUUGCCGAAAAGCUUCUUGGUGGGCUCAAUUUUGAUACAUUUUACCUCGAAUUCGACGACGCCCGAUCUGGAUCUUUUGAACCUCUGAGAUUUCUGCCAAGAGGGAAAGGCGUGACGCUGGGAUUGAUCUCGACCAAGACGCCAGACAUGGAGGAUAUCGCGGACAUUCAAAAGCGAGUGCGUGAGGCUGCGAGCGUGAUCGCUGCUGCCCAAGAGAGAUCAGUCGAGGAAGUCAUCGAGGACAGCCUGGCCAUCAGCCCACAAUGCGGCUUCGCGAGUGCUCACUAUGGCAGAAACGUGGGGACAGAGGAACGCAUGUGGGAGAAGCUGGUUUUCGUAAGAGACGCUGCUCGAAGCAUUUGGAAGGACGCCCAGUGA